AUGGAAGCGAAUGUCCUCAGUGUCAGCGGAAUGUGCCGAAGCAUUGGCUAUAAAUACGACAGUGUGUUCCCGCUUGGAAAGAAGGAAGUCAGCCUUACAACGACAGUAACCAAGAUGAAGUCUUUCUCAUCCAUUGUUGCCGGCAUUAUCGGCCUUGCCUCCGUCGCCUCUGCCACGGUGCAGGGCUUUGACGUCUCUGGCUACCAGCCCACCGUCAACUGGGCUGCGGCUUACAGCAGCGGCGCUCGCUUCGUCAUUAUCAAGGCCACCGAGGGAACGGGCUUCACCUCGUCCAGCUUCAGCUCGCAGUACACGGGUGCCACGAAGGCUGGCUUCAUCCGCGGCGGCUACCACUUUGCGCUGCCCGACCGCUCGUCCGGCUCUGCGCAGGCCGACUACUUUUUGGCCCACGGCGGCGGCUGGAGCGGCGACGGCAUCACCCUUCCGGGCAUGCUGGACAUCGAGUACAACCCGUACGGCGCCACCUGCUACGGCCUCUCACAGAGCGCCAUGGUCAACUGGAUCAGUGACUUUAUCGAGCACUACAAGGCCAAGACGACGCAGUACCCCAUCAUCUAUACGACGACAGACUGGUGGAAGACGUGCACAGGCAACAGUGCUGCGUUUGGCCAAAAGUCUCCGCUGAGCCUCGCCCGUUACGCGAGUAGUGUGGGUGAGAUCCCUAACGGCUGGCCGUUCCAGACAUUCUGGCAGAACAGCGACAAGUAUGCGUACGGUGGUGACUCGCAGAUUUUCAACGGCGCGUACUCGCAGCUGCAAAAGAUUGCUCGCGGUGGUUGA